AUGAUCAUCAAUAGUAGUAUAUCUAUUUAUUUUGCUACUAGUGAUCCGAUGAUGCCAUCUACUAGCCGGCAAUCUCGCGAAACGGAAUUCCCGGAAUUGAGUGGCAAACUGACGGGCAGGAAGGAGAAGGGCAGACGUAGCGCGGUGGCCAACCGUCACGCACGCCAAGCCGCUAAGGCUGGCGCAUUCCUCGUCAAGACCAUCGACGAUCCGAACCACGUGCUCGGAAAGAAACGCAAGGAGCGUGUUGCUUCGGAGAGCCACGAUGGCAUCAACUCGAACGUCGUCUACUCAAUGAACAAGAACAAACGUUGGGAGGCGUUGGAGGCUGAGGCGACGUGGGAGACAGCAGGCGGUGAACAAUCACUGCCUGUUCAGAUUGUCGAACGUGUCUUGACUGCGAAAGACACGAUCGACAAUGUGGUGUCGUUGACAGAAAUCGACAAGAACGGAGACGUUGUGCGCCACGAGACCGCUGGCGGUAAAGGAGCCAACCUCCAAACACUUCUUGUCACCGGCACCACCACUAACAACAAGAAGACACGAAAAGCACGAAAGGAAUCGGAGGCGUCGACGACUUCGGAGAGUUCCGAGACUUCUGAAGCAUCGUUGGAUGAGAACGGAGAGCCGAAGGUUCAAUAUACUAUCUAUAAACCACACAAGAAUCACAAAGUGCUUGCUGGCAAGCUAUUUAACAGAAGUUACAACACACGGAAAGCAGGAAAAACUCGCAAGAAUCUGAAGAGAGUCGAUCGCGACGAGAUGUCGAUUUCAAUAGACGAGAUGAACCAAAGUAUCCAUAUCGACGAUUCCUAUAUGUACAAACCAAGUCGGGACUUCAAAUUCUGUCUUGGAGACUACAUCACUGCUGAAUCAUGCACAACAAAACCAGUUUUCAUACGUCGAUCGAGCAUCGAAAGUGUUCAACCAUCAGAACCAGCAGUAACGACGUUCGACGAUAGUGAGGAUGAGUCCAGUGGACCACUGAAUGUUGUCGAUAUCUCACAAGUACUUCGUACUCCACACACAUUCGAAUGGGCUAUUCUUGAUGUUUCCGAAUGGAAGGAUAUCGAGAAACAAGUUGAGGAGAUGAAAAAGGAUAACAAAGUUUAUGUUCAAUGGCUCGAUGCAGAUCUUACUCGUCUUUCCAUUGAUGCUUCUCGACUUGUUCUCGGAGAGAAACAACCACAUGGUGCAUCAGUUCUCAUGAUCGUUGUUGAAAGAGCCAUCCUUGCGAAGAAAGAACAUCUCAAGGUGCUUCUCAACUCUGAUAUUGCUCCAUCUGGACCAUUCUCCUGGCAAAUUCUCAGAGGACUCUUGAAGCAUGCCACCAGUCUUCAGGAAGUUGUCACCAUGCUCUCAAAGCUGGUUGCUGAAUGGAAGGAAGGCAGCAUUGUUGCUCCAGAAUGCGUCGAUGUUCAUCGUUCUCAAAAGAGUCGCUUCGAGAUGAAGAGAGAUUUGUUCCAGCCAGCAUUCAACAGCAUGAUGUUGGCAACUGCUGCUCAAGUGAUGAGUGCUGAGAAGAUGGCAACAAUUCUCCGUGACGAAGCAAUGAACACAGAGGAGCCAGAGGAGAAGUUCGAGCGUAUCGAUUUCGAGACCGACGACUUCGACUUCGAGGAUGCUGAUGAGGACAAGGAGCCAGUUCCAGAAAAACUCAAGUGUGCUACAUGCGAUUGCAUCAAGAACUCGGAGCUCUUCGAAUUGGAUGACAGCUGGCAAUGCCGUGAAUGCUUGUGCAAGCACAUCAUUGAUCAAAUCCGCGCCAAAUGCAUUCCAUUGGAAAUUCCAUUUGUUCUCGGAGAAGGACAAUCGGCAUAUGACAUCCUUCCAGCCAUCAUUCCACUUCCACUCCUCAACUUCUACACCAAGAUCGCUGCCACUGAAUCAUUGGCCAACGUCGACGGAGGAGAUAUCGGAGAGUGUCCAUCAUGCAAACAACUCGUUCACAUCGACAAGAACAUUAACGAAUUCCACACUUCUGCUUGCUACUCUUGUGGAAUCCACUGGUGUCCAACAUGCGAACGUGAGCCCCAUUUCCCAAUGACUUGUGCUUCAUAUGCUGCAUGGAUCGAGAAAUGGGAGAAGGAAUACGAGCUCCAUGUUCUCGAGAAGACCGAAUAUUUGAAACGCAUCAAGUGUGCUUGCGGAUACACCAUGGAAGUUCGUGAUCAAGCAAAUCGUGCUGAAUGCGGAGGAUGUGGACGUGUAUUCUGCCCACAGAAUCUCGAGAUGCUUGAGCUCGCCUACUGGUCCAUCGACGAAAAGACCGGAGCACCAGUUAGAAGAUUAGAGACGUCAUCUGUCUUGCCCGCAAUUUCCAUCGAAUCGAUCGUCGCCUCGAAGCAGAUCAAGAAAGAGUUCUCGGAUGUGUGUGGAGAAGCACGCAAACUUCGUUUCUCUGUUUCCAAGAAGACUGAGUUUGAGAAAGCAGUUCGCAAACUCAAGAAUACCUACGCUGGCGUAGAAAAACUUCGCGAUAUCCGUAAGACGGUGUUGACCAUCGUUGAAAACGGACUCGCUUAUGUAUAUAUCGAGAAGAAGGCUUUGGCACUCAAACCACAACUUAUUCAACUCAUGAAACAAUGGAAUGAUAUCGAGUCGGAAAUUCAGCAUCCAAGAUGUGAUUUCCAAACAAGAUAUGCAUCGAUUGAAAAGAGCCUUUCUAAGAUUCUUGACCAAUUCAAACAACUCAACAUUGCCUCAGCCUAA